CGUGGCAGGUUUAUCUCGCUUCUGCAGAAAGACACUUCUAACCGGGCUCCGUGACAGAAGACCCCCUACCCCCAUCCACGCCGCCCUCCUCCCCACGCGGGUCCCACUCGCUGCAGAGAGUUAGCAGCGCGGCCCCGAUGGCGUCCACUUGUUGAUGUGGCCAACUAUUUAUUUGUCUCGCCGUCGCUCACGGAAGUAAAGAUGGCGGACUCCUCCCUGAACGAAACUCUCGUCUCGGACUCCUUCCCUCCGGACUCCUUCUCCAGCAGCGCGUGGCCCCCGGAGCCGUACGCGGCCGGCGGCUUCGUGGCCAACGUCAGCGCGUCCGCCGCCCUUCGCUGCACCUACAACGAGGACUUCAAACGCAUAUUACUCCCUAUCGUGUACACUUUGGUCUUCCUGCUCGGGCUUCCUCUCAACGCGGCCGUCAUACUGAAGAUAUGGAGGACUCGGCCCAAUGUGUCCAAAAGCAACAUCUACAUGCUCAACUUGGCCAUAGCCGACUUCCUGUACGUGACGUCGCUGCCCUUGCUCAUCUACAACUACGGCAGCCAUGACCACUGGCCCUUUGGGGAGUUUACCUGCAAACUGGUCAGGUUUCAGUUCUACAGUAACCUGCACGGCAGCAUCCUCUUCCUCACCUGCAUCAGUGUGCAACGCUACGUGGGCAUUUGCCAUCCCAUGGCCAUGUGGCCCAGGCAAGGCGGUCGCAGGCUGGCGUGGUGUGUCUGCGGCGGCGUGUGGCUGGUGGUGGUCGUCCUGUGCGCGCCCACGUUCCACUUUGCCGCGACGGGGACCCAGCGGAACCGCACGGUGUGUUACGACCUGAGCACGCCCAAGAGCUCCCUGGACUACUACCCGUACGGCAUGGCUCUGACCUGCCUCGGCUUCCUGCUGCCGUUCAUCGGCGUGAUGGUGUGCUACUGCCGGAUGGCCCGCAUCCUCUGCCGCCCGGUGACGUACCGGGGCGUCUCCAUGGCGACCGGGGAGAAGCGGGACCAGGCGGUGAGGAUGAUCAUCGUGGUGGCGGCAGUGUUCUGCAUCAGCUUCCUGCCGUUCCACCUCACCAAGACCGUGUACCUGGUGGUGCGCACUCUGCCCGCCGUGCCCUGCGAGACGCGGAACCUGUUCUCCGUCAUCUACAAGUGGACCCGGCCGUUCGCCAGCAUGAACAGCUUCCUGGACCCCAUUCUGUUCUACUUCACCCAGCCGCGCUACCGCCGCAGCACCAGGCGCUUCAUGGUCCGAGUCACCACCCGCAGGGACAAGGGGAGCGGCGCGUGAGUCGCCCCCGCGCCGGGAUCACGUCCCGCCAGCCGCGCCUCUGAAAGGCUGCUUUCUACAGAGGAGGCUGCGAGGCGGCACGUGGACUUUUUGGCAGAGUUUCCUUGUGGCGCGUUCGAAUGUCAGUCCCUGAUGCUUUUAACGGACCACGCAGGGCAACAAAGCGACCUUCCUCUGGAGGGCUCGAGCGUGUCGAGGCACUGGGACGCGAGGAGGGCCGCUUGAAAUGCGAAGCGGGGGGGGUGGUCGCCUCUUAAACGUUCAGCGUGGAAUGGUCAUCAGCCGUAAGGGCAAUCGCCGCGCGUUCCGCUUGUGGCACUUACUGCGAUUCCAGGGUGCUGCACAUAAACCGCACGUAUCUUCAACAGAGUUGUGUUUUGGACGCAUUAGAUACUUAAAAAUGCUGUUUUAGGUCAGGGUUACUUAUAGGAUCAGCCACUUCCUGUUGGUACAGGUUCCCUCUCCAUGAAAUAACAGCCUCUGCUGAUGGAACUUAGGUGUGUUAGUGUAAGUGAUCUAAUAGAUAUUGGAGAAGAGACGUUUAUGAAAAGGAUCUCUGUGUACUUAAGGUGGCACACUAGAGUAUGUGUGAACUGUUUAGUACACAGUGCUGUUUUGAUAGCUCUAAGUGGAUACCUUCUAAAUGUGCACUGUAAACAGUUACUGAGUUUGUGAAUGGUCAUUCGUAAUUACUUUUGGACACUGUGAAGAAAACAAUGGAUUUAUUGUAUCUAUGUCUUGGAUAAGAUUAGGCACCAUUUGGUAUCAAAAUUCAGAUGAUAUCUUAAUUGAUUGUUGAUUUCUUAUGCAUUUGACUUGCUAACCUUUAAAUCGCUCUGAAUCGACUGUAACUGACAACAUUGUAGGCAACCUUUAAACACACAGAUCCAAGUUGCAAUCAUGGUUUGAGUUUUGCACUCAUGAGGGAAUAUAUUGUGUGUUUUGGUUAAAUGUAAACGCGUGCAUUUUGUGCAUUUCAAAUGCAAGCAGAACUUUUCCCACAAUAGGAGGUAGGAGGAGUAAUACAAAUGUUGCAGACUUCUUAACGUGUGCAUGUAUGUGCACAGCAUGCACGCUCACUAUUGUAGUAAUAUACUGUAGGUUCAGGCUUCGGCAAAAUGUGAAUGCAUAGUUCUAGUAUUUGUAUUUAUGUGUGUUUGUUUGGGUAAAUAAUUAAUUCGUUUUUAUGAUUUUCUCCAAAUCCAUCUAAAACCUGCGUUUAGUCAGUUUAAAAAUAUUUGAAUACUUGCAAUACACUGUGCCAAUAUAUUUGUGUCAUUCAGUAUUAUUUUGAAGAUUUUUUAUUUUUUGUAAAUACAUCACAGAGAAUAGAAUAGAUUUUUAUUUUAGUUAUGUAGAUAUGAAAUGUUAAUGCAAAAAAGUAUGUAUGAUGUAUACAUAUCCAUAUUUUCUUACCAUGCAGCCCCUUUGAGAUGUUAAGUAUGUUUUGGAUGUUUUCGUAACAACUAAAAAAAAUCAUUAAAAAAAAAAGUACUAAAUUA